AUGGCCAAAGGAAACUCGACACCACCGAGCCAGAAACCUCCCAGCGAGUAUACACCGCAGGCAUGUUUAACAAUUUUGGGCUCCUUUACCGGUCUAUUUUGUACAGUGGGAUUCAUGAACUCGUUCGGGGUGUUUCAAGAAUACUAUGGAAAGGAGCAGCUCGCCGAUAAGUCCGAAUCAACGAUUGCAUGGCUAGGCGCAAUCAGUAUCUUCUGCAUUUUCUUCAUCUCAGUAUUCUCUGGCCAACUGCUUGAUAUGUUUGGACCUACUUUGAUGCUCUGCGUGGGCUCGCUAGGCACCGUGUUUUCACUCAUGAUGGUCUCGCUCUGCAAGGAGUUCUACCAGUUCAUUCUAGCGCAAGGGAUCCUUCUCGGAAUUUCACUCGCGCUGCUAACGUGCCCUAUGCUCGCUCUUGUAGGACAGCACAUCAAGGUGAAGCGUGGUGCAGCGCUGGGUAUAGUGCUCGGCGGCUCUUCUCUCGGAGGCGUGAUGUGGCCUAUUGCGAUCAACGAAUUGCUUCAGAAACCAAACAUUGGAUACGGAUGGACGAUGCGAAUUGUUGCAUUCAUCAUGAUCCCCCUACUCUCUGUCUCCUGCAUUUGCUGUCGGCCACCUAAGAGAAGCCCUUCUCCAACUCAACAACCUAUGUCUGACGAUGAAGAGGCCACAAUAACCGAGACAAAACCAUCCGUCCCUAAAGCGGACUUUUCCGUUCUCAAAAAGCCCAGUCUUCAGCUAUCCUGCCUCGCAUUUUUCAUCAUCUAUUUCGGGAUGUUUUCUCCGUUUUUCUUUACAACCUCCUACGCAGUCGCGCAAGGGUUCUCAACCGACCUGGCGUUUUAUACCAUCUCAAUUGUUAACGGUGCUUCGUUCUUCGGUCGUGUGCUUCCUGGUAUUGUCGCGGACCGGUAUGGAAAGUUCAACUGCUGUAUCAUCUUUACCUUCUUCUCUGGUAUUAUUGCUCUCUGCUGGACAAAAGCUACAUCCGUGGCUGGUUUAGUUAUGUUUUCUCUCGCAUAUGGAUUCGCAUCAGGAGCUAUCCUUUCUCUCCAGCAAGCCUGCGCAGCACAUGUUUCCACGCCACAAACAAUCGGUUUAACCAUGGGCACUGUCAUGGCAGCCACAUCUUUCUCGGCUAUGGCUGGAAUCCCUAUCAGUGGUGAAUUGGCGGGUAAAUACGGAUAUCUGGCACUGUCGAUCUACUCGGGCGUGAGUCUCUUGGUAGGUAGUGUUCUAUUGGUGGCGGCACGAUUCGUACAGAGUAGAGAGCUGUUGGCUGUUGUGUAG